AUGUAUGCAGUGUAUUGGCAGAAGUUUUUCAUCUCUGGUUCACUUCGAAAUGUGAUUGAAAAACUGGUCUCCACAUCACUCACCUCUUUCGAGACGUGCAAUUUCGAUCAAAUGAAUGUCUUCCGCCGUCGGUUCGCAGAUGCAGUGGAAAACUGGUACGUUAGAUACAAUAUGACCCUGGAAGCAAGUGUCAAGACCAGUGUCCGUGCCAAAGUCGAGAUGUUUUAUUGUAUUCCUUCCGUCGACAGUUUGCAGCAUUCCUUACAAAGAAGGAAUGAAAGCCACCACUCUCAGUUUGCAGAGACUGCAUUGAUCGAGAAUAUGAACCAACUGGGAUACAGCAUGACUUCGGAAGCCACAAUCCAGAAUUACACCUGUGAUGUUGUGGAAAAAGUUGGCAACCUCUUCAUACUCAAAGCUUCGGACAUCCACCGAGAGGGAUUGCCACCUUCAAUAUCGAAUGUUUCGGAAGAGUAUAGAAAAAUGAUAGACGGGAGAGAGCUCGAUGGCCCAGGACCCAUCUACCCCGAUAUCUCUUCAGUCUUCACUCAAGUUACCACCGGAUUCUAUAUCUGCAACAAGAAAACCGUCGUCUGGUGGGAGAGAAUGGGAAUGGCAAACCUUCGCGGAAUCGUACAGUUCAAAGCAGCAUUGAAAGAGAAAUCAAACACCAUGAACAUCCUCUUCCAACUCCGUCACGGCUUCAUCUCUGCCAAACAAUUCGAACUUGGAAAGUGGAAAGAGGCACUCAUCCCGAUGGAGAACGUUGACAAUUGGGGACUUUCUGAAAACAGACGUACCAGGACUCAAUACAAGUUGGAAAAAAAGUACUACAUGUGUAAUUUCCACACUGGCGGAAAAGAGGGACGUUGCACGUACGUCGGAACAUAUUCCUCAGUCAACGAACAUUUCAGUAUUCACACCGGUGUCUACCUCUAUCACUGUUGGGCAUGUGAGAGCUACUUCAGCGAGAGAUGUGAUUCGAUGAAAGAUUUGAAAAAAAGCCAUGUGACAUACGGGUGA